AUGUAUUACAUUCAAAAUGUCAAUGGGUACGCAUGGAUAGCGGAGCAAGGGGAGGCGAAAUAUAUAGUGAAAUCCAAAGCGAAACACGAUUUCAAUUUAACUUACAGGAGCAAUCUGUACGCCUGUUUUCAAAACGGAAGUUUUCAAUUGAGGUUCUUUAGUGAGCCUGAUCUCUCUUGCAACUGGACUCUCUUGGCAAAAUUGAGACAGGAAGAUGCUUCCCUUGACGAUUUUAUACGUUCCAAACUUACUUUGGUGGUGGAUAAUCCAGAAACCAGAUAUAGGACUGAACGUGAGGUAUGGGCAGCCUUUCUAGACAUCUUAGACAUUGUAACUUCGCUGAUCACCUACAGACCGGUGUUUGAAGACUAUUUCUACAGGGCUCUCGAGGAAUUGUAUGAAGACAAUGUGAUGUACUUGGAGUUCCGGGGUGCAUUACCGAGUGUGUACGAAUUAAACGGCACCGUCUACGAUGAAAUUGAAGUGGCGGGAAUGUAUAUUAACGUGUUGGAGAAAUUUAAAGAAGACCAUCCUGAUUUUGUUGGAGCCAAGUUCAUUUAUGGUCCUGUGAGACUUGUGGACAACGCCACUGCAUGGAGAUAUGUCGAGACGGUGAAAGCGGUGAAGAAACGCUAUCCUGAUUUUAUGCUUGGUUUUGAUCUGACUGGGGAAGAGGAGAUGGGAUAUCCGUUAAAGGAUUUUAUCGAAGAGAUAAAUAGUUUAGAAGGAACUGUAAAAUUCUUUUUCCACGCCGGUGAAACGGAUUGGUAUGGGACAAGUGUAGACGAGAAUUUGGUGGAUGCAAUUCUCCUGAAUACCACAAGAAUAGGACACGGUUUCGCCCUGUUAAAACAUCCCAAACUUUUACAGAUGGUAAAAGAGAAAGACAUUGCCAUAGAGAUCAAUCCUAUAUCAAACCAGGUAGCAAUGUUGGUAAAAGAUCUAAGAAAUCAUCCGGCAGUUUCGUAUAUCAGUCAGAAUUACCCUGUUGUCAUAUGCAACGAUGAUCCUGGCGUUUUGGGAACUAGGGGACUUAGUUACGACUGGUAUAUGGCGUUUAUGGGAUUAUCCAGUAAUCAUACUGAUUUGAGAUUUUUGAAACAACUUGCUAUCAACUCUUUAAAAUACAGCGUAUUCUCUAAUGAUGAAAGAACUUUUGCGUUUUCCUUGUUCGAAAAGCAAUGGGAAACGUUUAUCACGGACUUCCUACAGAAUUAGGAAGUCAGGAUGAUGAAAAUAUUAAUGUUGUUCUUAUAAAAGUAAAUUUAAUAUCCUUUCUCAUGAUCCUGGAUGAUGAUGAUCCUACACCGUCUUGGUUUUUGUUAUCCUUGCUUGACCUGUUAUGAAUUUAGUUUUUAUGAUAUUGAAGCAAAUGUUUUUAGGAUAUAUUAGAAAUGUUCAUUUGUACCUAUUGACUUAUUGUAUAGCUUUAAAAUGUACAUUUAAUACUACUUUUAAUUUCUCAAUCUGUUUCUAUUUGUUGAGGUGUUAGAAAUUUAAUUUUUGUUGUACAUUUCUACAUGUAUAGCGUGAGACUUCAUAUUUCAAAAAUUGUCACUUUUUAAAGAUGAUUGCUAAGAUAUAGAAAAGAAAUUGUCAUUUUGCGUAUAAGCAGUCGUUUUAGAUUUCAUUUGUGCAGAUAAAAGUUUUAAAUUAACA